AUGGAUUCUUCCAAGGGGUGGGAACACCUCGCUAGGAUGAUGGAGCAACCCCCUCAGUCUCAGCCGGUGGUUGAGCAUGAUCUGCCUGAUGAUCUGGAGGCUCAGAUUCGCCAGGCUCAAGACCAGUUAGUCAGGUUGAAGAGACAGCGUCAACUCAUUGAGAUCCAGCAGCAAGUGGCCGAUGAAGAGAGAGCUCUUGAAGAUGCUCGUCUUCGUCUGGUAGCUACCAUGAGCAAGGAGCCUACGCCUCCUACCCCUACCAAACCAGCCCCGAGAGCUAUCGAGAACAAUGAUUCUCCACCAACCUCAGCUCUUCCAGCCCACACUCCCAAGAGGCCCGCCGCCGCCGACCGCCGCGUGUCUGACACCAAAGCCCAGAAAGACGGUACUCCUACCAGACCAAUCACGGGAACACUGUCAGCUUUGGCACUGGAUCAAUUGCGGGCUCUCGCCGCAGCAAGCAGAUCCCCUACCUCAGCAGCCAUCAAAACCGAGCCCACUACUCUCGCGCCCACUGCCCCAGUCUAUCAAGCCUCCUACAUACAUCCUUCGGACGAUGACCACAAUCAUGGCCCACCCGUUCCAAACGUGCCAGUUUACAAUGGACGCGCUCUAGGGGAAUACAAAAACUACACAAUGGGCCUCGACCGUCACUUCGCCAAAUAUGCCGAAUACUAUGACACCGACCAACGCAAGCUCACCCGAGCUCUUAAGCACAUUACCCUCAACCUGGAAGACGAAUGGAAGCGUCACACGCGUAACCUACCCAGUGACCAAGUCACCUAUUCCGCAUUCUGCACCUUCCUCAUCCACCAACUCCAAAACGGAGUCUACCCAGAGAUCGCAAGGGCUCGCUACAAGGAUAGCUACCAGCGCCCCGCGCAGUCCGUGACUGAUUUCUCCAACUGGAUGCAGCAGUGGGAACCCCACUUCAACGAGAGAAUGACCGAGCGAGAUCGUAUGCGCCACCUCUUCGAGCAUCUACUGCAUAAGGUCCGCAACGAGGCCGAAAAGACUUAUCUGGACUUCACCAACUACAAUGACUUUGUCGCUUAUCUGCAGCAGGUCGAGGACAACAUCAGUGUCCGCAACGACGCCCUUGGUCGCCGUGGAAACCCCAGAAAGCGUCACCGCAGCCACAGCUGA